AUGACUUUAAACUUCAAACGAUACAAUUGUAUAAGACUUUUUGUUACUAAUAAAGGUCUUAAAUUUACUAAGCCGAAUCAAAAUGUUGAUUAUGCAAAACUAAAAACCCUUUCCCGAAAUUGA